AUGAAAUCGUGCGGAGUGUCGCUCAGCUCCGCUGCCUCUGUUGCUGCUCAGAGCCUUGGUGUUACUGGUAAUGACGAGGAGAAAAUGGCGUCGGGAAAAGCGACUGAAAUCGAAGAGGACUUUCCAAAGCUAACGCUGCAAGACAAAGACACUUUGGCUGAUAUUGACAGUUCACUGUUUGGAUUUCACAGGCUUCAAGAAGAUGGCGCCAGAACGAAGGCCUUGUUGUUAAAGGCUGUAGGCUGCUAUGAAACCAUCAUCCAAAAAUCUGACGGGAAAGUGGAACCAGAAAUGUUUUGUCAACUAGGCCAUUUCAAUCUUUUACUGGAGGACUACCCAAAAGCAUUAUCUGCAUACCAGAGGUACUUCAUUUUACAGUCAGACUACUGGAAGAAUGCCGCCUUUUUAUACGGCCUUGGAAUGGUUUACUUUCAUUACAAUUCAUUUCAAUGGUCAAUCAAGGCUUUCCAGGAGGUGCUUUACAUUGACCCUACCUUCUCCAAAGCUAAAGAAAUCCAUUUGAGACUGGGGCUCAUGUUCAAAGUCAACACCGACUACGAGUCCAGCUUGAAGCACUUUCAACUGGCUUUGAUUGACUCCACUCUUUGCACUUUGUCCAAAGCUGAAAUUCAGUUCCACAUCGCUCAUUUGUAUGAGAUUCAGAAGAAAUACAGAGCAGCGAAAGAAGCGUAUGAACGGCUGCUGCAGACUGAAGAUCUCCCGGUGCAGGUGAAGGCGACCACUCUGCAACAACUUGGCUGGAUGCAUCACACAGCAGAGCAGCUUGGAGAUAAAGGCACAAAGUACAGCUAUGCCAUCCAGUGUCUGCAGAAGUCUAUAGAGGCUGACCCAGACUCGGGCCAGUCCUGGUACUUUCUUGGCAGGUGUUACUCCAGUAUCGGAAAGGUGCAGGAUGCCUUCAUCUCUUAUCGGCAGUCAAUUGACAAGUCGGAGGCCAGUGCUGACACCUGGUGCUCAAUAGGGGUGCUCUACCAGCAGCAGCACCAGCCUAUGGAUGCACUCCAGGCUUACAUCUGUGCUGUUCAGUUGGACCAUAGCCACUCUGCUGCCUGGAUGGACCUUGGGACUCUGUAUGAGUCCUGUGGUCAGCCACAUGAUGCUAUCAAGUGUUAUAUCAAUGCAACACGUAGCAAGUCCUGCCUCAACACUGCUGCCCUCACUCAACGCAUUAAACUGCUGCAGGCCCAGUUGUGUAACCUUCAGACAGGUACGCUUCAGAAUAAGAGUAAAAUGCUUCCUAGCAUUGAAGAGGCAUGGAGCCUUCCUAUUCCAGCGGAGCUCACGUCUCGUCAGGGAGCUCUGAACUCUGCACAGACGCAGCAGGCUUGUAAGACACAUACAGACCCAUCGGCAAGCAAUCACACAGACUCGCUGGCCAGUCCUGCCAAGAGGAAACGCACUGCCAGCCCAGUCAAGGGAGCAGAGCCGUUGACAAAUGGCUCAAAUCAACAACCAAUGCCCAGCUGGUAUCUCACACCACAGAAACUUCAGCUUUUGGACCAUUUGCGAGCAAACCGAGAGACUCUCAAGCCUCCUCAGGUUCAAAUGUUAGAGCAGCUAGAAAAACAGUGCACUCUAAUGCAGCAGCAUCAGCAGCAGAUGAGGCAGCAGGCGGCAGCAGGGGGACAGCCUCGGCCAAACCUCCCCAACGGCCCGUUGGCUGAAUCCUCCAAGCAUCUUGCAGGCCUCCCGCUGAGCGCUUCCAAUCACACAAACAUAACUGCCAAUGGCUCCUGUUCAUCCAGUCCCACGCCUGCACCAAAAGAACACCUCAGCACGGGCUCUCUGGACAAAAACCACACAGCCGGUCUGGAAGGUGGUAAUGCGAGCAAUGGAAACGUGCCUUACACGCAGUCGAACUCUCUACCUCACAAUUGUAUCGCCACCAGUCAUCCCAGCACCAGCAGCACCAACACAAGCCCCAGUCAAGCUGACGAGCCCUGGAAGAGCCAGCAGCUUAACAAUAGCACUCAGGGACUAGAUAAAGGUCCAGGUUCACAUUCGGCAGGUCCCAAUGGAGAACUCCCUCUUUCUUCUGCUAACUCCCCUCAGACAUCCUUCUCUUCCGCUGGCAUUUUGAAUCAGGUGGGACCCUCGUCUGGGCCCUGCACAGUCUCCUCUUCUGCCUCGUCUCUGUCCCCCACGUCCCCACAGCGCACACCCAACCACUUGUCCUCCCCUCUGCACUCCUCAACUACCUCAGGGGUUCACACCAAAGACAGCACGCCUUCAAGCAGCGAUGGGUCAGAAAACACCACCAGGCACUGCGCAGGCUUCAGCCCCAGUACCACCUCUACUCUGGGACGGACCAACUCUGCCGGCCCAUCUCGACCUGAGUCGCCUCUCUCUAAGACGUCAAGUUCAGACAAUCCUCAGCAAUCGGCCUUGCUCAAGGGAAAAGCCAAUACUACCAAUAAUGAUGAUAACAAUACCUGCAGUAACCAUGGUGGUCCCACCUCAGAGAAACUCAAUAAUGUCCAUCCGUGUGUCCUUGCCAAGUCGGAGCACUCUAUGGCGUCCUCGCCGCUCUCAGCCCCCUCUCCCUGCUCCGCCAGUACCCUGUCCUGCCUUAACAGUCCAUCCAGCUCCAAUCAAGGACCCACUGUCAACGGGAAGACGACAGAGGACUCUCACAGUCCGCUCAAGGUGGAGCCUUUGGUUGUUCUUCGACAUAAAAGCUCUGCUUCUCUGACCCCAUGGUCCUCAGUGUCAAUCUAUCCCACCUCCAGUGAGGUGCUUAAAGCUUGCAGGAAUCUGGGAAAGAAUGGGUUGUCUACCAACAGCGUUGUAUUGGACAAGUGUCCUCCACCUCGGCCCCCGGCUCCUCCUUUGCCUCCAUUGCCAAAGGAUAAGCUCAACCCCCCAACCCCGAGCAUUUAUCUUGAAAACAAGAGGGAUGCUUUCUAUCCUCCACUGCACCAGUUCUGUACUAAUCCUGCCAACCCAGUCACUGUCAUCCGGGGUCUGGCCGGAGCUCUUAAAUUGGACCUGGGUUUGUUCUCUACUAAGACUCUGGUGGAUGCCAACCCUGACCACCUUGUGGAGGUGCGCACACAGCUUUCCCAGCCCAAAGACGAGAACUGGGAUCAAAUUGGAAGCAAGAAAAUGUGGCGAUGUGAAAGCAGUCGCUCCCACACCACCAUCAUUAAAUACGCCCAGUACCAGGCCUCGUCCUUCCAGGAGUCUCUGCGGGAAGAAAAUGAGAAAAAGAAAGAAAAUGAAGCUGAAUCUAGCACAUCAGAUGGUGCAAUGCGCAGGAGGAAAGGACCUUUCAAAAAUCUAAAAUUUGGCACCAACAUAGAUCUUUCUGAUGAGAAAAAAUGGAAACAGCAGCUCCAGGAGCUCAGUAAACUGCCAGCCUUCUCUCGUGUGGUGUCUGCUGGAAACCUGCUUAGCCAUGUGGGACACACCAUCCUGGGCAUGAACACGGUGCAGCUCUACAUGAAGGUUCCAGGGAGUCGGACCCCAGGGCACCAGGAGAACAACAACUUCUGUUCUGUAAACAUCAACAUUGGCCCUGGAGACUGUGAGUGGUUUGCGGUGCCUGAACAUUACUGGGGAGUCAUCAAUGACUUUUGCGAAAAAAACAACAUUAACUUCCUGAUGGGGUCGUGGUGGCCUAAUCUGGAGGACCUUUACGAGGCUAGUGUUCCAGUGUAUCGCUUCAUCCAGCGCCCUGGAGAUUUAGUGUGGCUCAACACUGGCACUGUCCACUGGGUUCAGGCCAUUGGCUGGUGCAACAAUAUUGCCUGGAAUGUGGGACCUCUUACAGCUCAUCAGUAUAAGCUGGCUGUGGAGCGCUAUGAGUGGAACAAACUGCAGAGCGUUAAAUCCAUCGUUCCUAUGAUCCACCUGUCCUGGAACUUGGCCCAGAACAUCAAAGUUUCUGACCACAAGCUGUUUGAGAUGAUCAAGUAUUGUCUGCUGAGAACCCUAAAACAGUGCCAAAUGCAGCGUGAGCAUUUGCAAGGCGCUGGGAAGGAGCUGGUGUGGCACGGAAGGACGCAAAAUGAACCGGCUCACUACUGCAAUAUUUGUGAGGUGGAGGUGUUCAACCUGCUGUUUGUCACAACUGAGAGCAACAGCAGAAAAACGUAUGUGGUGCACUGCCAGGACUGUGCCCGUAGGGGGAGCACUAACCUGGACAGUUUUGUGGUGCUAGAGCAAUACAAGAUUGAGGACCUCAUGCAGGUUUACGACCAGUUCACUCUUGCUAGCCCCCUACCUUCCUCUUCCUGA